UGGGACAGACUUGACUUGGCAAGUUCGAUAAGGAAGGUCCAAGGCCCGGAGAUGCUUCCUUUCCUGAGCUUGUUCAUCCUUGGUAGCCUGCUGACCCAGAAUGCCCAAGGAAACAGCCAACCUCUGGCCAUUGCAAGACUAAGCCCUGAAUUGCUACAACACUACACCUUGAGAGUGAUUUCGCGACAGAUGGACCCUCGGGCCUUGAAGGACCGCCUCCAAAGCUUACCCCUGGAAGAGACAGUCAAAGAAGGUCUCAGACAAGGCAAUGGGGGAGGUUUGCUGACGGGGCUUCCUCUCGUGGGGGGAUUGGUGAACAACGUUCUUGGCAACAUCUUAAAAAUAAAGAUCAAUAAAAUUACACUUCUAGACCUUCAAAUAAAAUUACAUAAGCAUGAAACGAAGAUUAUCGUGACCAUUCCAGCUGACAUAGAACUUGAAGUGAGGUGCCCACUCAGCCUGCUAGGAAGCAUUCUUCGCCUGAAGUUGUACCUGGACAUUCAAGUCGGAGUCCGUGUGGUCAAAGAUCCAUUGACUGGCCACAUUAAACUGACCAUUGAAAACUGCCACAACAAUCCUGGUCACCUGAGAAUCACCCUCCUGAAUGACUACAAAAAGAAUCCGCUAGUCCAUUUCCUCAAUAGAACUUUGAGACUCGUGACAGACGUUCUGGAGAAGACAGUCCCCAACCUCCUGCAGAAACAACUCUGCCCCCUUUUAAAUGGUUUAGUGCAAAACGUGCUGGAUUUACUUCAAGGUUCCUUGUCUUCACAAGUGCAUGGAGAAAUGUUCCAGCUGGCACCUGAGUCUUUCCGUCUUCACGAUGGCAGCUUGAACCUUGUUUAUGAAGGUCAGAUACAGAUGCCCGGAGGACAGAUUGUUACUCUCCCCCCAGACUCUGUCCCGAUUUCUGCCAAGCCCCUGGAAGGAUCCCCCAUGAACAUGAUCUUGAGUGGCAAGUACGUUGCCUUAGCUUUACGGGCUCUCCUGCCUCCCCGGGUCUUCAACCUCGGCCGUCAAAAUGAGGUUGCUGCAUUCAGAUCACAGAUAGCAGCUGUCAUACCAAAGGCUUCCAACAUUCGGGUGCUGCAAAUUGCUUCCGGGCUGCCCUCGCUCUCUCUGGCAGUCGGCAAGGUCGAAGUGUGGCAGCCUGUCGAAAUCAGGGCCUUCGCGGAACAUCCCACAGAAGCUGACAGACCCCUUUUGACCAUCCGUGUUACUCUUGCUUUGUUGGCUCAUCCUUCUAUUGCUGAUGGGAAAAUGAUGUUCACUCUUCAUCGUCCACGAAUUGCGAGUCUCGUUCCGGUUAGCUCUUCCAUUGGAAACUUUGAUGGUCAACUUCUGACUGGUGUGAUGACACGACUCUUGUCUGCCUCCCUUUUACCACAUCAGAACAAGAUCCUAGCUGAAGGGAUCCCGAUACCCUUGGUGCAACAACUUGGCUUGAACUCCCUACGUGUUUCGGCUGGCAAGGAUGGCCUCCUGGUCUUUGUUCCACCAAACGGGGUCCCUGUAAGUGCCUGAAUGAACUGAAACAGCACCCCUGUUGAGAUGGAUGAAGCUGACUGAAGACAGAGAACGCUGCUAUUCCUUUUCGUUGCUUUAAAGCCUGUUGCCUUCGCUGACUGCGAUUCUUGUCUCAGGGAGCUAAGAAGAGAAACAGCUGUUUAACCAUCCAAGAUCCUGUCUAUCAUGCAUUUAACUCAGUGGUGGGAUCCAAACAUUAUAGUAACAGGUUCCCAUGGUAGUGGGAUUCAAACAGUGGCGUAGCGCCAA